CAGCGACAAAGAAGCUUCAUAAAUUCACUAAAUCAUUGUAUAAAGUAGCUAUGGUAGCAACAGCAACAGCAGAAAAUCGAAAACAAGACUAUGCAUUGGUGACGAAUAAACUUUCUAGGGAAGAAGAAUAUUCUGUUGUGAAUACUAAUUCAUCGUCUAAAAUAACACGAAUACUACCGUCGUCUUUCUUCCAAUCAAAUGCCGCUACAACUAACACUACCACUGCAAAUUCUAAUACCACUGCUACUGCUACUGCUUACAUUCCUCAGUCUACCCAGUUGGUGAUUGAUGAAGAAAAUAAAGAGAAUAUGAUACCGAAAUUGAUAAUUAAAAAUGCAUUUUCAAAUGAAAAGUGUUCAGCAGUGAAGACCAUUACCACGAAUACUGUUACAAGAAGAAGACCACCAACAAGAAUCCCUUUUGGUUAUAUGCACAAUUCAUCUUCGAUGUCUACUCCAUUGCCUUCAAAAUCAUCAGCAGCAGUAUUCUUUGGGGUCUGUUCAAUUCCAACACCACCACCUCCUCUUAUUCCUCUUUUUCCACCACGUCAGAGGAUGAUGACGAACAAUAGUCACCAACAUUCAAAUACUGAGACACAUUCAUGGAAUAAUAACAACCAGUGGCUAUCAUCAACACCCGUAGGAGAACAUAGAAAACAUUUGGAUUCCAGACUGAAUAAUUCUGAUAGUGGAUUUCUCAGCGGUGACAACAGUCAUUCAUCAGGUUUAACAGAUAAUCGAACAAAUCAGUUUGAUAUUGUCAGCGAUGAGUAUACUCGAUUGACAGUAGGAUGUCCUAAACCUUUGGAUACACCGAAUGUUGUUCAUUCUUUAACUGAUUUACUCAUGAAUUCAAGGUCACCACCGUUUGAAAAAUUAGAAGAAAACGAAGAAUAAUAAUAAUAAGAAGAUCGACAACAACAACAACAGCAACGCUUUUCGGCCUUUCGUGUGCCUGUAAAGACUACCACAGACUCUUCAAGCAGCAAUCUCACAUCGAAUUAUUUUCAUCGACAGCAUGACACAAUGACUUUCAAUCCUACCACACCACCACCACCAACAACAAUGACAACAACUCCUACUAAUUUUGUUUCUUGUGAUUCUAACCAUGACACCGUAAAGCCAACAACAACAACAUCGCCACCGAUAUGGAGACCAUAUUUAGACUAGAUUGAAGACUUACCUUAUUUUUUAUAUUAGCGCCAAAAAUCUCUUUUUCCACAUAGCCAUAUACAUACAAUUUUCAUACUGUACAUAAGACUAAUCCAUACAUCAUAAGUAAAUAGAUGUCACUUCAGAACUCACUUAUUACUCAUUAUUACUACACAUUGUAUUCAACAUGAUUUUAGUUUGCUAAUUAUUUUUCGAGAUAAACAGGUUGUAGCCUUCAAAUACAUUGUUAACUACUUUCGAUGUAAUGUGAGUGGUUGAUGUCUGAAAGUGAAGGAGUAUACCUCGGAGUUAAAGACUGGAUGUGAAGUACCGACUUUCGAGUUAGAGUAGGACGUUUCAAUUUCUUGAAGGUAAUCUAAGUAAAAGGAUUAUAAUUCUCCUCUUUUGAAGAAUUUAAUACCUGAAUGGUGUAAAACAGGGAAAAAGGGGUCGGGUUUAACAAUCUACCGAGAUUUUUCAGGUUUGAUCAGUUAUUGAUAUCAGUUGAAGGAGGAGAGUUGAAAAAGAGCCAGGGAUUUCUGGAGAGCUUUUCGUCCUAUUUUGGGACUCGUGGAUGGUACAAGCCCACCAGAGGCAGCAGUUCAAACUCAGUGCCUUCUG